AUGCGGCUCAAGUCCUGACGAGUCGCCGAUUGCCAUCGCUUCCUUGGCACGAGUCGAAACGUCGCAAGUUUCCUAAUCGACCAAGAGUUGCGGUUCGGUUGUUCAAGAGAUUUUGCUCGUGAAGGAAUUUCGUGGGGCCGAGAAACGAAGCCGGUAUUCUUGCGCGAGGUGAAUCGGUGCUUCUUCCAUGUGGAGUGCGGUGUGAAGAACCGUCGCCAUUGCGUGGUGUCUGAGUGCAUUGUCUCCAGGUUUUGUUUAAAAUUUCGUUGUGCUGUUAGAGGGCUGAGUUCGGGCCAUUCCUUUAGGAAUUUGGAAGAGAGCCGUUGGUUUGCACCAUCGAGGAGCUUGGAAGUCGCAGGAAAAGGGGAUAUGUGUAUGUCUGUCCGCUAGGUACGUGCUAUUCGAGAACAAGGACACCAUAUAACUCUCAAAAGAGUAGUACUCAAAGACAUUGCUCCACCCUUUAGGAACGGAAUCAGAGAAGGAACUAGGUUUCCCUCAAUCAGCUUUCGUGAAUUAGGUACAUAUAGCAGUCGAGGCAGGGAAUAGUGACAUGGAUUACGCUCUCAAUGUCGCGAUGGACUACCCUGUGAAGACGGACUAUCCAGAUUAUGAAGGUAGUGAAUACUCGGGAUUCGGGGACAAAAAAAAAAGGAAGGUCAUAGAAGGUGGUAAUAGAGCACCUACUGUGAAGCUAUCAAGGGAAGAGCUUAAGAAAUUGUUGGAGCCGCUCAGUAAGGACCAGCUUGUUGCCCUGCUGAUAGACGCAGGGUCUCUGUUUCCUGCAGUGGCAGAUGAUAUUAGAGACAGUGCUAGUAAGGACCCUGUUCACCGGAAGCUGUUUGUGCGUGGCCUGGCUUGGGAGACCUCUUCAGUGGCUCUGCGGGAAGCAUUUGAACAGUAUGGUGAGGUCGAGGAAGCCUGUGUCAUCACAGAUAAAGGAACUGGGAAAUCACGAGGUUUUGGGUUCGUAACUUUCAAACACAUGGAUUCAGCGCAGCGUGCGUUGAAGGAACCUAGCAAGAACAUUGAUGGCCGAAUCACAGUAUGCAAUCUAGCGUCUGCUGGUGGUACUAGUGGAACAUCUUCUUCAGACCAGGCACAAAGGAAGCUCUAUAUUGGAGGUCUCUCGUAUGACACAACUAGUGAUACCCUUCUUAAUAUUUUCUCACAGCACGGAGAGAUAGAGGAAGGUGCUAUUGCAUACGACAAAAACACAAAUAAAUCCAGAGGGUUUGCAUUUGUGACAUUCAAGACAAUUGAUGGAGCUAAGAGAGCAAUGGAGGAUAGCAACAAAAUUAUUGAAGGACGGCAUGUUACUGUAAAACUAGCAGCAGAGGGUCAAAGAGAGAGGACUCAACCGCAAGCAACCACCUCGCAACUGCAAUCUCUGCCUCCAGUGCAACCGGGAUAUACAUCCAUCAACCCAAGUAUCUCAAACUAUUCCCGACCUCAGCUGGCUACUUCCGCUCCUCAGACGCUGAGUUUUUCAGGCUAUAAUUCUCUAGCGUACGGUACUCAAGCCACAUACGGGGGUCUUGUUACAAACCCACAGUAUGGAGGUCUUUCAACAUCACCGCAGCCUUACAAUCCGUCACAGUAUGGACAGUAUGCAACCUUUGGAAAUCAGCCUGCCCACACUGGUUUACCGACUGUGGGCUCUAUUCAAGCUGGUUCCCUUCCCUCGUACUAUUCAAGCACGAACUGACAAGUGUGUUCCUAUCUUUGACAGUUUGUACGUAAUGUUAGUAGAGUUGAUUUCAGCAGAUAAGUAUACGCUAGUAAGAUGUACCACAUCAUAAUUAGUUUUGCUAAGUGAGGAUGCUUAUGAGUUCAAAUUGUUGUUCAGGUAUUGCAUAUAAUUGCUAGACACCUACAUUUUUGAAUUUUUUACCGCCGUCUUCUGAACCUUUUUGCUUGCUAUAUAUGAUGGGACAUGUCAUUUCCA